AAUAAUCAAUCUGAUUACUGUCUGUCACAAUAACUGCGUAUUGUUUGAUAAUUUAUUUAUCCUGUAAAUAAAUUCUUUGAUGUUCAUUGUGCGAGUGUGUUUUUGCGCAAUUAUUUGAAUUUUACUAAUUACAUUUACUGCUAAAAGUUGUUUUCCAAAAUGUCGAUUGAUAUUGAUACCAUUGGAUCUUUCAAAGUUAAAAAUAUUCCUAGUGGAGAUACAGUUGAGUUAAAAAGUUUUUGGCAGGACCAAAGUGUGGCAAUUAUCUUCUUUCGCCGAUGGGGCUGCAUGUUUUGUCGACUUUGGGCUAAAGAGCUCAGCGAUAUAGCUCCAGUGCUUAAAGAGCACAACAUAAAACUCAUCGGUAUUGGCGUUGAAGAAGUUGGCGCCCAGGAUUUCAUCCAGGGAGAAUACUUCAAUGGGGAUCUAUACUACGUAGAGGACACAGCUACGUAUCAAAAGUUGGGUUUUAAGCGGUUCAAUCUGAUUACGAUACUCUCUUCACUGCUAUGGAAGCAAUCACGGGAGGCUAUUGCGAAGGGACGACGAAUGGGUCUAGGCGGGGAUGCAAAGGGAGAUUGGAUGCAGACGGGAGGAGCUACGCUGGUCGAAAAGGGCGGGAAACUGUUAAAUCACUUCAAACAGACUGGGCCGAGUGAUCACCUAUCUAAUGAGGAGAUUCUUAAGUGCUUUGGACUGGAGAGCGAAUACAAAGCAGAGACAAUGGCAAACAAGAAAAGGGAGGAGGCAGCAUGCUCGACAGAAGGGGAACCCUAAGCCGUGGACGAAGACCUUCUCCAAAUGCGCGCUGGCACCCAUACACUCCAUAUGGGCUGAACGUAAAUGUAAACAGAGUAAAGUUUAGGAUUUUACCUUACCUUACCCUUUCUAUCUUACCUUACCCUUGUCUAUCUUACCUUACCCUUGUCUAUCUUACCUUACCCUUAUUUAUCUUAUCUUACACGUUAUCGUUUGUAGAGUACACGGCAAGUACUCUUUAAAUAUAUUGAAUGUAAAAUUUUAACUAUGUUGCGGUUUUAUUAUAUUUAUAGACAAAAUAGAUGUUGUUAUAUUUAUUUAUAGUUUUUUGCACUAUGUAUCUAUGUAUAUUAUUGUUUGUAAAUAAUGAUAAUAUAUUGUAUUUAUAGAAGUUAAUCGUUUUAAACGUACUUAUUUUGAGACAGGUUGUAAACUGUAAUUAAAAUGGUUGAUUUGAAAGAUAAUAAUUAUCUUCUUCUUUUCUUUUAUAAAAGAUCAAAGUCAUUUCUUUUGAUAAAAGAAAUGACUUUGUAUUAAAUUGUUACAAUGACCUAAACAUAUAAACAGUGAAACACCUAAAGUAAAAUUAAAUAAAAAUUUAAAAGGGAUCGGCCCUUUCAAGUACUAAUUAAUUAAUUCUAAAUGGUAUGAAAUAUCAUACAUGAUUAGUAUGUAACAUAUCAUAUUGAUAGAUCCUAUGGGAUUUUUAAUUAAUGAUGUAUGAAGAAUAGAUUCUGCAUAUUUUAAUUUAAUAAAUGUUAAAAAUAAUUGUACAGUCAGCAUCAAAAAGAUAGCAUCACCCAUUUUAUUCAAACACAUGCCAAUACCCAUCGUUACCACAUAUAUACAUUCACCGAAGGUGACCAAAUAGCGUCAUCCAAAGUGGUCAAAUACAUCUGGACAUCAUAAAAGUCAUUAACAUAGCUUACAUUACAUUCAAAGCACCAAAUAUGCGUACAACUUCGAAAGUGUUCAAAAAUAUGCGUACAUCUGUGAAAAAUAAACCAAAGGUGAUUCAGUUUAAUCGAUGUAUAUGGUAACAAUAGAACCUGCCAUGUUUUUGAAUGGUGACGCUAUCUUUUUGACACUGGCUGUAGAUGGCACAGUGAGGAACAAAUAAAAAUUUUACAUAAAAAUUGCAAACGGAAUUUAAAAGCAAUCUAUUUUAUAGAGGUUGGUCAAUAUUAUAUUGGUCGAUUUUAAAACAUUCGAAUCGUCUUUUUUUAAAUAAGAAAUAUUAUAAUAUUAUAAACAGAAUUAAUGUUGAAUAAUCAAAUAAGUUACUAAUAAUACGUUUUAUUUAAUGUUUGUAUGUAUUACCAUUUUUUAUAUUAAUAAUAUUCUUAAAUAAUUUUCAUUUAAAACAAAUAAUAUUGCUGAGAAACUGUGGUCCUAGUAAACACACCUAUUCAACUUACAAAUUUAAGAAAUAUCCCGGUUGCUUUGUCCAAAGAUGAUGUAAAUACUACGUAAGAAUUUAGUUUACUGUGAAACGUGCAGUCAUUUGACAUAAGUUUGAAAUAGCAGUAAUGACAGUUAUGCGAUUGCGACGAAGUAUAAUCCGGCUAAGUUUAAAAGCGUACAGUUGCUUUUAAAACGUAGUGGAUUUCGGCUAUCUACGUUUUUACAAGAUUAUAGCCGUCAUCUGUCAAUAUAUUAUCAAUGGCUGCACGUUUCAUACAACCGAGUGAAUCGCUUUUUUGUUAAGAAUUUCGUUAGGCUGGUUAUGUCCUUAAAAAUUAAUAGUUUAUUACCGUACCUGCAAUAGUACCUUUUUUAUAUUUUAUUAUUAUAUUUGUACAUUAAAAAGAUUUAGUAAUUAUUAGUAAUUAUGUUAUAUUCAGAUGCUAGAAAAAAAUGUAAACAGUAUAUACGCAUAAUAAUGUAUGGGUGUUCAGUGUGCUAUCGAAAAGGGCGACGGCUGGGUGGAGAAUACGGAGAUGGGGAAUGGUCGCUUCUCGACUCAGGUCCGGAGAUAUCUUGACCGACUUGUAAUAACAAUCAACAUUGUUGAACAAUUGUCUACUACAAGACUGAAAUGAAAAAAGAUUUCAAUACUUUUAGAUAUUGUAUCCAGUGGUCUUUUUAACUAUGACCUUAGUUUGUCACCUAAUUACAAUGUGUAAGCGAGACAGAAAGAUAUGUGAAUGGAAGCAAGAGGGACAAGUAAUAGGUCAAUGACCGAUAUUAACUCUUCUUCGCGACUGGAGCAGAUACAGUUUCUUUUUUUAAAAGUUCAGUAAGCACUGGUCUUUCUUCCUUCGAUUUAAGAAUUUUGAUGUUUCGUAAAAAUACACUCUGUUAAUAUUGGGGCAUGACACUGCUUAUUUUUUUAAUUUUUUAUUAUGUAUAUUUUUUAAUGUUUAUUCUUAAUAAAGUUUUAAUCCUU